AUGGAAGACCCUCCGUUGGCGUCGCUCUCCCUGACCCAUGUCCAUUAUAAUCCCAAUGAUCCCAUCGCCCAUGCCUGUGCCUUUCUGGCCCUCGUACCCCAAGCCCUAUGUAUUACAUAUGCCACUCUGAUAUGGAGCACUCGCGAGGCAGAGGUCGCUCUCAUGUUUGCUGGCCAAAUGGCCUGUGAAGCUCUCAACUGGAUGCUUAAGCGAACUAUUCGCGAAAAGAGACCCCACCCUCUGACCGGCAAAGGCUACGGUAUGCCCUCGUCACACGCUCAGUUCGUCUCGUACUUUGCUGUUUCCUUGACCCUAUUCCUUCUGUUACGCCAUAACCCUCACGCGCCCAAUACCUCAACCACCCACAUCCCGACCUCUACUUUUGAAAGACUUGCUUUGUCUGUCUUGGUCAUCGCCGGUGCUGCUGCUGUCGCCCAGAGCAGGAUAUACCUCAACUACCACACCGAGAAACAGAUUCUAGUCGGCUGCGUCGUAGGUGUCCUCUUUGCUGUCUUCUGGUAUCUUUUCACAACGUACUUGCGCCGCUCUGGUUGGCUGGAUUGGGUGCUAGACACUUCGAUUGCAAGGUUUUUCCGCCUCCGAGAUCUUGUCGUUACAGAGGAUCUAGUCGACGCCGGUUGGGAGAGGUGGCAGCAGCGUAGAAGCAAAAGAAGUGAGCACAAGUCCAAAUAG